AUACUUUUCGAUGUUGCUUCACAAGAGGUAGAUACACAAGAGGCAGACAUAUACGUGACAUCUCUUUUUAAAAGAGGAGUUCAUGAUUUUUUCUAUAGAGGGCAGUAAAAGAAAAAAGUCAGCGCAGGGGGUUGCAUGUGUCAUCAUAACCUCAUGAAUUUGCGUAUGCAGACGAAGUUCGUAGCUGAAUUCAUACUGAUUUCUAACGUGCAAUCGCUAAUCGACAGUUACUGCGAGAUAUCGAUGUUAAACGUCAAAGUAAAGAUGGCGUGGAUUUGUAUUGUGUCUGGUUUUUAAACUUUAUUUGAAUCUUAUCGAAACGUGACAGGAAGAGAGAAUAUAGUCGUUUGAUAUAUCGUUCAUAAAAAUCGAGAUCGCACAGAGAAUCUUUAACGAAAAGAAACGUAAAAACAUUUUUCGAAAGGUCACGUGUAACUUCGUCUACAAGUGGCAUUUUAUACUUAACCUAAUCUCGCGUGAACCUUGAACCAUCGUGUUUAAAUUGAUCCUAUGUACAGGAUCUCUAUUAAUCUUGAAGAAUCAACGAAUUUUUAAUUUAAACCUCUUUUUAUUACUGAGAUAGCAAAGACUAGUUCUUUAGGCAAAAGGAAGAGCCAAAGAUUUUGUUUGGAGUUAUAAUUAAAUUCACAAUUUAUUAAACAUAUUUUGAUUUAUCUUUGUAUCAAUAGACAGCUUCGUUUGAAUGUAGAAAAUAUAUGUAUUCGGGUGAAAUGCCUAAAAUAAAAACCAAGCAAACGUCAAACAAUCUAUGGAUAAGGCAACGCGAACUAGGCAUAAGGUUUCCUCUGGGGCAUAGCGAUCGUUUUCACAAAACUCUUUACUCUUCCAUUUUUCCCAUAACAUCUUGGGAUCAUGGAGACAAUUUGGCUGUUGCCAGACACGGUGGUGUUUUUAAUUUGGAGUAUUCGCCUGAUGGAUCGCUUUUAUUGGCAGCAUGUGAAAAGAAAAGUAUUCUCAUGUUUGAUCCAUUAUGUAGGAAAUUAGUACGAGCUAUAGAUAAUGCUCAUAACGAUUGUGUGAAUUGCGUAAGGUUCUUGGAUCAACGGAUGUUUGCUACUUGUUCCGAUGAUAGUACCGUUGCUCUUUGGGAUGCUAGAAACUUGAAGCAGAGAAUAAGAACUUUGCAGGGACAUUCUAAUUGGGUUAAGAAUAUAGAAUAUAGCCCAAAGGAUGGUUUAUUAUUAACUAGUGGAUUUGAUGGUAGCAUAUAUACUUGGGAUAUUAAUAGUUUUACUGAAAAUAGUUUUCUUUAUACUCGUGUCUUUCAUACAAAUGGAUUGAUGCGAACGAGACUUAGUCCUGAUGCCAGUAAAAUGUUAAUAUGUACUACAUCUGGAUAUCUUAUUAUCAUACAUAAUCUGAAAUUAAGUACUCUUGCACAAGACUUGGCUGGAUUCAAGCCUAACAUGUAUCGACUGAUGCAAUUAUCUCAAACCACUAUACCGGUUGCUGCCACUUAUACACAUUUGUUUUCUCAUUCUCGUACACAUAACAGAGUAGAAUUCUUAACGGAUUUUCCUGUUGGAGAUGAUGCUGAAGUAAUCUCUAGUCUUCAAGUACAUCCGCAAGGAUGGUGUGCCUUGUCCCGAAAUAUCAGUAAUGGAGAAAAGUCAGAGUGGACUUGUAUUCAUGAUAUUCAAGAAAGAGACAUGUCCGAGUGUAUCGAUCAAGUGAAAGAAUCUGAAGAAACGUCUCAAUUCAACGAAUCGGCGAUCGAAGAAUUUGAAGAAUCACAACAGCCACAAUCUUCGCGUUCAGGAAUAACGUCGUCCUUCGUUAUUGAAAGCGCAAAUCGUGCGAGAGUCGUUCACACUGUAUCCGAUCUAAGGCGAAACUCGUUCGCCUCUUCGGAAAAUUCUCAACCGAUAACACCAUCGAGAGCAAUGAGUUGGCGAGAAAAUUCACGUCGUAACGUACGUUCGCAACCGAGAAGCCCAAGGCCGGAAAGAAACUUCGUUAGGACGAAUUUCGGUUUAGUCGAAGUAAGCUCGAAUGUAAACGCGAACGAUUCUCGAACGAACGCGAAUCAAGAGGAGGAUAGACAAGAUGGUAGAUAUAUUGUUGCUGCGGAGGAUAAUAGCGAAGCCGCGAACGAUGAGUCGGCGGAUGAUCGAAAUAGAGACGGAGAACAAGAAUAUAGAUCGCAGAGAUCGAAUUCUCAAUUGAACGAUUUAAGAAGACGCAACGUAAUCGAUAACUUUUCUACUGCCAACGUAGAAUUGUACGUUAAUAAUAGCGACGUUUGGGAAGCUCUCGUAGCAAUUAGAGAAGCUAGACUUCGGAGGGAUCGCGAGAGAGAAUUUUAUCCAGCCACCGAAAGAAGAGAUUGGUUAUCUAGAUCGAGUAAUGGCGUAAGCGUUAAUAUCCCUCGCUCGUCCCAUACGGUCGUUAUAAUCGGCGAUAGAACUAGGGCGCAAAAUCAGAAUAGGCAGGGCCAACAAACGAUGUACGCGAUACCAAGAAAUCAUAAAAUACAUCAGAAUACACCGAGAUUAACUCAUUUCAUAGAGGAACCGAACGUGGGUUCUGGUUAUAUCAAGGAAUUGUGUUUCUCCGCGGACGGUAGAUUAAUAUGUUCGCCUUUUGGUUAUGGCGUACGGUUCUUAGCGUUCUCCAGCGAUUGCGCCGAAUUAUCUAACUGCGUUCCUCCGGCUAACGAGCCUAUGCAACUUUGCGAAGUAGCGACUAGCCUCAGUCACGGUGACAUUGUAGUCAGCACGAAAUUUUCACCAAAGCAUUGCUUAGUCGUCUCGGGUUGUCUCAGUGGAAAAAUAGUUUGGCAUCAGCCUGUACUUUAGUCGAAUCUAUAUUCUUCGACAAAAUUGAUAACUUUUUACAAUAUUAGAGGAAUUGUGCUUCUUUUUCGUAGAUCCAUUUUGUCGUUUGCUUUAUACCGAGCAACGCUUUCUUCAUUGACUUUAUUAUUUUUUUUUUUUUCCUUUCGUUUUCUCUCUCUCUUUUUUUUUUUUUUUAAUAAUCCAACUUUUUGACUUAACUAUUUUUUCUUUCGUAUAACUCUUAUUGAAAUCAUGAUCCAGGGGAAGGAGAGACGCUUGUCUUCUUUGAUAACUCGUUCGAUUACGUGAAUGAUCGUUUUUGAUUUCAAUUUCUAAAAAAGGUUUAUGGCAACGACAAGUGAAUCAAAAUGUAGCAUAUUUUUUGUAGAGAAUUAUUUUUGAGAAAGCGUUUUUUCAAUCAAUCGAAUUCUGACGUUUUGAUCUAUGAAUCGUGGCGGUUUGAUGCAAGAGACACCAUAUAGUUCUUUCCUAUGAUAAGAGAAAUGAUGCGUAAUGAAUAUAAAUGUAUACAUAUAUAUACAUAUACACAUAUAUAUAUAAAUAUAUACACACACACACACACACAUAUAUAUAUAUAUAUUAUAUAUAUAAUAAUAAUAUUAUAUAUUUAUAUAAUAUUAUUUAAUAAUAUAUAUUAUAUAUUAUGUAUAUAUAUUAUAUAUAUAUCUAUAUACAUAUAUACACAUAUAUACAUACAUAUAUAUAUAUAUAUAUAUAUAUAUAUAUAUAUAAAUAAUUGUAAACGAAAAAGGUAUAAGAGAUAGUUGUAGCAAUGAUAUUUUCUAGCGAAAAGCGUUUCGAGAAUCGUAUCACGGCGAAAGACAUACGUGCCAUGCAUACUUACAAAGAACGUGAAAACAAAUGUUUAUCUUUAACCGUGUCCUAAAGACAUUCCGCUUAUGAAAAUGCGUAUAUAUAUAUAUGUGUGCUCACAGAGUGAUAACGAUAGUGUUAUUAACUCGUAUUAAUAGCGACAACAACCUGAAUAUCUAGCACAAAGUCUACUUUAAUGUAUAAUUCACACGCGAAAGAGGUACGGUGAGUUCAACGAUAAUUGGCAAUAUGGUGUGAUAUAAUUAUCAAUAAACAUCGGCAUCGGCAAAAAUUGCAUGAGUUUUAAUGUAUAACAAUGACAAUGUAUGCAAACUAUACGUUGGAAUGUACGAAAAAAAAAAGAAACAAAAUAUUUUAUCAAACAGUCGAAUCAGACGUUGCAGUAGUGGUAUAUUUCUAAGAUGUUAACAUUAGCCGAUUCAUUUACAUGAGAAAUAAAAACUUUCUCGAUAACCAAUAAAAAUUACGUAGAAGUCGUAGCCAAUAAGAUCUUCGAUCGAUCGAACGCAUUUGUUUUUAUUUUUACUUAUUGGCCUGGUCGUUAGUAUCGUAAGUCUAUUGAAACCAUUAGAAAAUAAGCGCACUAUGUGUCAUUAUAGUAUAUUCACGCCGUAAAACGAUUCAAUGUAUCGCCAACGUGAUUUCGAUUUAUCAUCUUUACCAAAAAACAAUCUCAUUUAACUUACCGAAGACUAUAUUGGAACUGCGAGCAUUGAUCCGUGUAUGGAGCUGUAUCACUUCGUGCUCGGAAUUCGAAUAUUCAAUGCAGAUUAUUAUUAUUAUUAUCAUUAUCAUUAUCAUUAUCAUUAUCAUUAUCAUUAUCAUCAUUAUUAUUAUUAUUAGUAUUAUUAUUAAUAUUAUUAAUAUUAUUAAUAUUAUUAAUAUUAUUUUUAUUAUUAUUAUUAUUAUUAUUAUUAUUAUUAUUAUUAUUAUUAUUAUUAUUGUUGUUGUUGUUGUACGUAGGUUGCAUCGCUAUUUAACAAAAGAAAAGUAGAGGAGAGUAGUAGAUGAAAAGAAACGGAAAGAAGAAAAAGGUAGAAGGCAACAUGUGUAAAAUAUGUACAUAAGUUCUCGAUUAGAUUAUAGCGAAGGAUAUAUAAUGUCCCGAUACACGUUCAAAGUGUGUUUAAAGGCUGGAGCGGCGAGUUUCAUUUUAAUAGUUUUUUGGAACUGAAUUUUAUGUAGGUAGAAAUUUUUUCAUAAGCGUUCUUCUUCACGGGAACUCUCGCUUCAACGUAAAAAGAGAGAGCUUCCCUGACAGGUACUUAAGAUGCUCGGUCUUGGAGUUUGUAAACGUAAUGUAUAGACGUUUCAUCGUGAUAUAUCAUCCACGUGCAGGUUCACGAGUGUUCGCUUCGAGAAAAUGCGCAAAGAACAAGAGUUAUAUAUCGUAGGCUUCCUGCUGAAUUUUAACAAUAUUCUUUUUCUUCUUCUUUUUCUUAUUUUUAUUCUUAUUCUUAUUAUUAUUAUUAUAUAUAUAUAUUUUUUGUCUAUUUUUUCUUUUCUUUUUACGUUGGAACUUGCACGAGUACGUCAUUUCCCAUACAAGAACUUCAGACGUGUGUGUGUUUGUGCAUAAUAUAUAUAUAUAUAUAUAUAUAUAUAUAUAUAUAUAUAUAUAUACAUAUAUACAUAUAUAUCAUACAUAAAUACAUAAAUCCGUCUAGAGCUCGAUCAUGGGAUCACAUUAACGUUUUUACACUAGAGAUACGUGUAUUCGAGAUUCCUUUGAAGAAUAAUCGAUAACGAGAUAUCACACACAUCCUCGUUAUCAACACGUAACCUUAUAUCAAAACAUCUAGAUUCUGUACAGUAGAUAGUGUGCUGGUUGUUUUUUCUCUUCUUUUUUUGUAAAAUUUGUGUUUUCUAUACCAAUAAAAUAUUGCUUAACUUCCAACAA